CCGCCCAGCGCCAGACACAGCACCCGCUGCCCGUGGGGGGUGUCCUGGAGCGGUGGGCGCAGCGGCCGCCAGCCCUCGGGCCAGGAUGGUGGACACGGAAAGCCCGAUCUGCCCCCUCUUCCCGCUCGAGGCUGAGGACCUGGAAAGCCCGCUGUCGGAAGAAUUCCUGCAGGAAAUGGGAAACAUCCAAGACAUUUCUCAGUCCAUCGGUGAGGACAGCUCCGGCAGCUUCAGCUUUACCGAUUACCAGUAUUUGGGAAGCGGCCCGGGAUCCGACGGAUCCGUCAUUACAGACACCCUUUCACCGGCUUCAAGUCCCUCAUCGGUCACUUAUCCCGUGGUCUCUGGCAGCACCGAUGAGUCUUCCAAUACAGCGUUGAACAUUGAAUGCAGAAUCUGUGGGGACAAAGCCUCGGGCUACCAUUACGGGGUUCACGCGUGUGAAGGCUGCAAGGGGUUCUUCCGGCGAACAAUUCGACUGAAGCUGGUCUACGACAAGUGCGACCGUAGCUGCAAGAUUCAGAAAAAGAAUCGAAAUAAGUGCCAAUACUGUCGUUUCCACAAGUGCCUUUCGGUCGGGAUGUCCCAUAACGCAAUCCGGUUUGGACGAAUGCCCAGAUCUGAGAAAGCAAAAUUGAAAGCAGAAAUCCUUACGUGUGAACAUGACAUAGAAGAUUCUGAAACUGCGGAUCUCAAAUCCCUCGCCAAGAGGAUCUACGAGGCCUACCUGAAGAACUUCAACAUGAACAAGGUCAAGGCCAGGGUCAUCCUCGCCGGGAAGGCCAGCAACAACCCACCUUUCGUCAUCCACGACAUGGAGACGCUGUGCAUGGCCGAGAAGACGCUGGUGGCCAAGCUGGUGGCCAACGGCAUCCAGAACAAGGAGGCGGAGGUGCGCAUCUUCCACUGCUGUCAGUGCACAUCCGUGGAGACCGUCACGGAGCUCACGGAGUUCGCCAAGGCCAUCCCCGGCUUCGCAAACCUGGACCUGAACGACCAGGUCACGCUGCUGAAGUACGGCGUGUACGAGGCCAUCUUCGCCAUGCUGUCGUCCGUGAUGAACAAAGACGGGAUGCUGGUGGCCUACGGAAAUGGGUUCAUAACGCGCGAGUUCCUGAAGAGCCUCCGGAAACCGUUCUGUGACAUCAUGGAGCCCAAGUUCGACUUCGCCAUGAAGUUCAACGCCUUGGAACUGGACGACAGCGACAUCUCCCUUUUCGUGGCUGCUAUAAUCUGCUGCGGAGACCGCCCGGGCCUCCUGAACGUCGGGCAGAUUGAGAGCAUGCAGGAGGGGAUCGUGCACGUGCUCAGACUCCACCUGCAGAACAACCACCCAGACGACACCUUUCUGUUCCCGAAACUUCUUCAGAAGAUGGCGGACCUGCGGCAGCUGGUCACCGAGCACGCCCAGCUGGUGCAGGUCAUCAAGAGGACGGAGUCGGACGCCGCGCUGCACCCCCUGCUGCAGGAGAUCUACAGGGACAUGUACUGACUUCCCGCGACAGCACAAGGACAGAGGAACUUUGGAAGGUGACAGCCUGGCAGAGGAGAAAUGGGAUCAAGGCCACUUCGCCCCCAUGUCCGCCCUUCAACCCCCGGACAGAGCUUGUGUCUAGGUAACCGCGGCCCCAUUCCACAGCCUUCCCUCCUUCCCAGCUCGCACCUGAGGGCGCCGACGGCGGGGUUAGAGGGCUCGGGAGAAGGAUGCUCAGCUGCCUGACUGGAACCAGCCUGGGGCUAAAUCAGCGCCGGUGCCUUUCGAUCGGUCGGCGCUUCACCGCCGGGCGGCCAGGCGUCCGCCCUCCCCGGGACCAGUGCUGGCUGCUGGGCUCCUGCACAAUCUGGAAACUAAUCGGCACUUUUUAGCUUUUGUAACCCCGUCUAUCUAGAUGUAACCAAAGGUUAGGUCUUUUUAAAGCAGCCACAUAUUUAUUCGGAAGGCUUCGAUUCCGUUUCCUGAAUCCGAAGAGAGACAGCCGCUCCUUUUUAAUCGUGAGACUCAGACUUUCAAGUGUGUGAUAAGCUAGUGAAGUGCGGCCGGGGUGCCGGGUCGGUUCCGGCUCGAAUGGCGGCAGCGAGAACGCGGAGAAGCCGUGUCCGGGUUCGUGCGGGAGGUCCCAGGAACCGCACCCGGCUCUGGCCUGGGCCGCAGGCCUGCGAAGGGGGUACCGGUGGGCAGGACGGUGCCGGCUCGAAAGUACCUCAGUGCCCCGUCCUCUCACCUGGUUGCUCUCAGAUCUGAACCCGCCCAGGGGGCUGUUGGGGGCCACGGCAGUGUUGUCAGGGCGCCUGACGAAUCCCCGCGUGCCAGGCAGCUCCUCGGUCUUUCCUGUGUUGCUUUUUAAAAUCCGCAGCUUUGUUUCUGUGACUCUGGUGGUCGCCGCUCUCUGAGCGAAGAGCAUGAGACGAACCUGACUUUAUAGAGCGGGGAGGGCCACAGGAGGAC